AGCGGGGAGCCCCAAACGGAGGCCACACCCAAGAAGGCAGCUCACAGACUGUUAGCAACUUCGCGAGGAGUGGGGUCCGGGAUGCGAGUGGGCCGCAGGUCAGUACCCAAAGUGCCAGAGAGGACCUCUCGACCCUCUGACUGGGGGUGGGCAUCCCGGGAAGCGAUGGCUCGGCCAGUCCCAUACCUGUCCCCACGCCUCACACCCGCCCCGCCGGCGCCGGCCGGGACGGGCCGCCUCUCAGCAAUUCCUGGGGCUUAUUAGGCUCACUCUGGGUCCGGCAACGAACUGCUCCGGCCUCGCAGGGGUCGCUCUGGCCCCGCCCCCCCGCUGACAGCCCGGGCUUGCUGGGGGGUGGGGGUGGGGGUCCUCCCUGGGCUGGAGGACCCGCUAGUGCACUGGCGGCCCACAGCCCCGCAGCCUCGGUGCCGGGGAAAGAUGGCCUAUCACCUCAAAGCUCCGCCGGACCCACGCUGCGCCCCCGAGAGGCCGCCUUUGCUCCUGGGGCACCGCGCAGCCUCCCGGCCUUCGCACCGGGAACCGUUUCCGGGGCGAAUGGUUUUCGUAGCUGACCCGGCGCGGCCCGUGACGCGAGGGCCCAGACGGAAGUGCGGGCGGAAGAGCCGGAGCCCGAGCCGGAGCCCGACCGAGAGCAGGUCUCGGGGGCUCCGGCUGUGGGGACUGCUGGGGCUGGCAGCGAUGGCGACCCUGUGGGCCGGCCUCCUUCGUCUCGGCUCCAUGCUCAGCCUGUCCUGCCUGGCGCUCUCGGUGCUGCUGCUAGUGCAGCUGUCGGACGCCGCCAAGAAUUCUGAGGAUGUCCGAUGUAAAUGUAUCUGUCCUCCCUAUAAAGAUAAUUCUGGGCGUAUUUAUAAUAAGAACAUAUCCCAAAAAGACUGCGAUUGCCUUCAUGUUGUGGACCCCAUGCCUGUGCGGGGGCCUGAUGUAGAAGCAUACUGUCUACGCUGUGAAUGCAAAUAUGAGGAGAGAAGUUCUGUUACGAUCAAGGUUACCAUUAUAAUUUAUCUCUCCAUUUUGGGCCUUCUGCUUCUGUACAUGGUAUAUCUUACUCUGGUUGAGCCCAUACUGAAGAGACGCCUAUUUGGACAUUCACAAUUGAUACAGAGCGAUGAUGAUGUUGGGGAUCACCAGCCUUUUGCAAAUGCCCACGAUGUGCUGGCCCGCUCCCGCAGUCGAGCCAAUGUGCUGAAUAAAGUAGAGUAUGCCCAGCAGCGUUGGAAGCUUCAAGUUCAAGAGCAGCGAAAAUCCGUCUUUGACCGUCAUGUUGUCCUCAGCUAAUUGGGAAUCGAAUUCAAGUUUCAUUUAUAUUUUGAAGUCUGCCAGCCUCAUCAAAGCCCUGACUUACCUAUUUGAAUUUUGCACUGACUAUAUUAUCUGGACAUCUGGUUGGCCUGUGGCUGCACUUCAUGGUAAAUUGGAUCUGAAAUGCCUGGUGGCUCUUCAUAAGAUGCAGGUUUUCUUCAUGUACUGUGAUGUCUGAUGCAAUGCAUCCUAGAACAAAGUGGCCAUUCACUAGUUUACUCUAAUGAAUAAACAUAGUCUUGGUGUGUGGUCUUUCUCAUCUUCUUCUAGUAUCUUUAAGGAUGAAUCCUAAGGACUUGGACACUUGCAAUAAAGAAAUUUUCUUUUAAACCCAAGCCUCCCUGGAUUGAUGACGUACACAUAUUUGUCAGCAUCUCCAGUCAGGUUGAGAGGCAGCUGUUUGAGCUGUAGUGUGUACAGCUUUGAACUAGCACUGGAGUUCCAGUUGCCUCCCUCUGAAAGG